CCAAAUGUUUGUAACUCAAAGUUGAACGUGCGCGUCAGGAACGUGUAAGGGAAUUUACUUUGACGGCGUCACGUGACAUAACGCGUCGUUUAACUGUGACGUCACACUGGUUUGCGCCGGGGAAAAGGCAUGGAUUAGGAUUUAGGAUUAUCAGUAUAUGAUUGUGAUCUUUACGGUCAUUGUGAACAACAAGCACCAACGGCACAAGCCGGUCGUGACGUGAUCAUGACUCGUGACGACCAACCUCGCAGUACUGUAGAGCAUCUGAUCAAGCACUUCCUCCCACGUGCCUGCCAUCGCUUCCUUUUCAACCAAUCGGACGAGCUGCGGCUUGCUGACGUCAUCAUACGCGCCCUGUUCGGCGCGCUGAGUGGUGCAGCCAUGUUCGCUGCCAUUGCGCCGGGCCUGCCCCUGACCUUUGACCUCAAGCUGGCCACAGGAUGCAUCUUUACUGGGGUGUGUGUGGUGGGCGGGGCCACAUCAUCGGCCUUCAGAUGUGCCGUCCUGCUGAUGUUUCCCAGCAUGCUCGGCUCCCGCGGACGCGCCUUCCUCUUACUGCUCGUUGUCUCUGCGCUCUAUUCAGGUCCGGUGUCCAACAUCCAGCACAAUGUCGAGACGGCGGCGGAGUCUCUGAGUUGCAAUCUGGACCUUCAAGUGCGCAACGCCAAGUUGUUGUGGAGGGACGCCGUCAAGCCCUUCCUCAAGGUGGCGAAAGAAGUCGUGCAGGGAGAAGCGGAAUUCGAGUCAGAAGCUCACGGCGCCCACGGCGCCUUCGCCGACGUCCGACAGGAAGUGCUCGGUCGGGACACGAACGGCCGGCUGCUGAAUGAGCCUUCCCGAAACGCAGACCGGAACAGCACGCAGGAACGUUUCGCCCUCAGCGCCUUAACGCAAUGCGACGGCAUGGUCAAGGGGGGCAUCGCGGCCUGCACCAAAUGGUUCUCCGACAAGUGGGCGGAGUGCGCCAAGGCCAUCCAGGUGCCCGUCAUCAAGCACAUCCUGUGCGUGCCCAUGAAGUUCCACUUCCUGUGUAACAUCAUGAGAGUCAUGACGGCCUGGUGCAAGGAGCACAUCCCCGUGGAGAAAAAUUUCGGUCAGCUGUUCGAUCAUCUCAACACUUCCAUUGAUCUUCUCAAUCGGGAGUUCACCAGCAAGCUCGUCGUCAAGGAACAUCAGCAGCAGUCGGCGCUGGACGGACAGCUGCUGGACGGCGACUUCACGCGCGGCAUCCGGACUUCUUUCCGACAGGGGGAAGCUCGCAUACGUAAACUGCUGGACAUCUUCCGCCUCGUCAUGUCCUUCGCAUUCUUGUCCGUGUUCACGCAGUCUCUCGGUUACGUGCGACAAUUCCGAGGAGACAUUUACUUCGAUAACAUGUACAUCACCAAGUACUUCGGCAUCAUCGACCAACGCAGGAAGUCGCUGGGCAAACGGCAUUUAUUACCUCUCACGCCAUCUGAGAGACGAAAGUUUGUGGACCCCUGGAGCCCCAAAAUUCACCCUAAAGAAAUCAAAGAAGUGCUGUCAAGUGUCGUUCAGGUUUUGUCCGUGCUCCUUCUGGCGUUUGUCCUGCUGACGGUGGACGUGUCAGUUUUUCGUGUACUGGACGUGGUGAGCAAGCACACGCGUACCACCGUCAACGUCACGACCAGCCAUCAGGUGGACAUAAAAGUAGGCGGAACCUCAAUGAUGGCGCGCCUCUUGCGGAGGACGUUUUCCGCCUUCAACGGGUCGUCGAGGGUUCGCGUGGUAUCCGACAACCAGCGCUGCGUGACUGCGCCCUCCUCCCUGGCCGCCUCUGCGUACAUCAGCGUUGCCUGCUGCCUCCUGCUGGCGGCGCUCUUCAGCUGCCUUCAGGUUUACGCUAACCGCCUGCGGAGGGUCAUCGCCGCCUUCUACCACCCGCGGAGGGAGAAAACACGAAUCUUGUUCUUGUACAACCUCAGCCUGCACAGAAGAAUGUUGUACAAGCCUACGUGCAACCAACAGGCCCGCACAAACGUGAUGGAGUGUUUAUCUCGGCUGUGUCGGAGACGGCGGGAAGCGUCGGGGUCUGAGGUUCAAAGUGUGUAGAAUGUGUGAAAAGAUAAAGGUCGCAUUAAACUCGUUUCAAAUGUCAAA